AUGAAGAAAUUUGGUUCUAGCCAAAAUUUGAAUACAACCAUGGUCGGAUCAAACAAUACCGGGUCGGCUGCUAGCUAUAACAUUCCAACUGUGAACAUUCCGACUCUUCUGGCAUCCUUGGGAGAAAUGGGAGUCCCGUCAUUGAGUACUGAAGAUUUAAAUAAUCCUUCUCCAGAGGUGGCUUGUAAAAUACUCGGAAGCUGUAUGGAAAAGUUAUUGGAUACAUCCACGAACGAGAUAAGAACACGAAACAAGGAAUAUUUAAAUAGCCCUGAUGCACCUGUACAAAUCCGAGAAAAUCCUGAGGCGUAUUCUCAUGCUGCUGAAUUUAUUGAAUUAUUUAAGAAAAUACAAAAAGUUUUGAUUACGGCAAGACUUCAUGAUUUUUCUAUCACAGAUAUUGUCAAGCCAAACUCUAAGCGGUUUAGGUUGGCAUUAUUUGCAUUCCUCAAUUUAGCAAAGUUUAGAGAAGAAAUUAUUGAUUCAUACAAUGAAAUUAUAACAGAAUUUGACACACUCGAGGCAGAAAAAGAAGAAUUACGAUUACAUGUAGAGAAAGACAACAAUGCACUUCAAUCCUAUCUCGAAGAAGAACGAUCUAACGAAUCUAAUUUGAAGAUACUGGCAGAAAAAGUCAGAGCCAUGACACAAGCCAUACAAGAAAUUAGUGUCAAAGAUAUUGAGAUACAGAACAACAUACAAAUCGUUCAGUCAGAGAAUGAAAAUUUGACCAAGCAAUUGGAAGGAGCAGAACAACAUUUAGAAGCUCUGACAAAAGAAAACAAAACUUUGAAAUCACAAAUCGUCUCAAACCCUGAAGAGCUCAAAAAGAAAAUAUUGGUCUUACGAAGAUGUAUUCAAACAACAACAGACGAGUUACGAGAAUUAGAGGAACAAUUGCAAUCUCUCACGGUUGAUCAUAUUAAGAACGCAGAAGAACUCAUUAAGAUUCUGUCUAAGUCUAUUGUAUUAAGCGAGCAAGUAGAAGAAUUCAAGAACAAAAAAAAGGACAUUGGAAAAAUCAUUAAGGGCAAACAGGAGACUAUUGAAAACAUGGAGACCGAGAUUGUUGAAGUUGAGAAUAUGAAAAAGCAGAAAGAGAAACAAAUCACCAAUCUCUCAGAAAGGAUUGAAAAGAUGCAACAACAACACCUUGAAAAGAUCGCUCGAGCUGAAACUAUGAUCAUUGAUGCUCAGAAAGAGAAGGAGCAAUGGAACUUUUAUGUAGAGAAUAUAAGGACAAGGCUGAGAGCAACAAGAAAAGACUCGAAGAGCUCAGAAGAAUGCAAGCUCAAAGGAGACAAAGUCACCAACAACAAAUUCUUCAACUCAACUCACAUCUUUGCAAUGAUAUUAUUCAAGGAAUUGACUCCUAUCACAUGA